CUGGUCCCGCCUGUUCUGGCUCAGUUGCACUUCUGCGCGGUAGCAAGCGGAAGUAAUUUCGCGGGGGUUGCCGGGAUCUCUUGAAGAGUUCCCGUAUAUCCCGCUCUCCCCCUCCCCCCCACGGGAUGUCGGAAGAAACCCGACAGCAAAAAUUGGCCUCGGCCAGGAAAAAGUUGCUAGAAUUUCAGCGGAAGCACAAUCUGCCAUCUUCUUAUACAAAGAAGAAGAAGAAAGUAAAAAAUGAUGGUAGCUCUGAGUCAGCUACUUCUGAUGAUUGCCACUCACCUGAAGAUAUUCAGGACAUUCUGAAGGUGCUGGUGUCCGACCUUAACCAUUCCAAUGGGGUAGCGCUCCCCCCAUUGGACAAGUGGAAGGCUCCCAAAGACUGUGAUGCCCCUGUACCACCGUCUGCUGAUGACACUGUGUCACCUGGCAGUGUCCCUUCCCUUGAUGUGCCACCAUCUCCUGAUGACACCGUGUCACCUUAUGGUGUUCCUUUCCCUGAUGCACCACUGUCUGCUGAUGACACUGUGUCACUUGACGCUGUCCCUUCCUCUAAUACACCACCAUCUGCUGAAGACACCUUGCCACCUGACGGUAUCCCUUCCUCCGAUGCGCCACCAUAUGGUGAUACCAUGUCACCUAGCGUCCCUUCCACUGAUGCUGGUUGCACUAGCAUGGAGUCACCUGAGAACCUUGAUGCUGAUGAAAUCUCUCAUCUUAUGGAUGAAAUCGAGACUUUCUCAUCGACUGAGAGCCUGCGACAGCUUUCUCAACAUAUCAAUAGUCUUGUGUCUGAGUCUACAUCCUAUGUCAAUGGAACAGGCCUUUCAUCAUCCAUUAACCUGAAGGAUUUGGAGAGCCGGUACCACGAGCUAGCGGUAGCCCUGGACUCCAGCUAUCUAACAAACAAACAACUCAGUAGCAAAGUAGAGGAAUUGCAAGAGAAGAACCAAGAACUUACGGAUCAGCUAGAAAAAGAGAGAAAAGAAUAUCAGCAAAAGUUUAUGAAAGAACAGGGGGCCCUGCGGGAACAACUGCAGGUUCACAUUCAGACCAUAGGGAUCCUGGUGUCUGAGAAGUCAGAUCUUCAUUCAGCACUGGUGCAUACUCAGCAGGCAGUCAGGCAGAAAGAAGGAGAGUCUGAGGAUCUUGCCAAUCGCCUACAGUCUUCCCGGCAGCGUGUAGGAGAGCUGGAGAGGACUCUGUCUGCUGUUUCCACCAAGCAGAAGCAGAUGGAAAAGAUCAACAAGGAAUUAACCAAAGAGAGAGAUGCCCUCAAGCUGGAGUUGUGCAAGAAUAACAUAAACAAUGAGGACCUGAAGCAGGUGAAGUCAGAACAGCAAGAGAAGCUUCGCUUCCUGGAGUCUGAGAAGGUGGUCCUGCAGCAGCAGUUUGAGGAACUACAAAAGAAACUGGACUUGUCUGAGCUCCUGCUGCUGCAGUUCACUAGCCCAUCUGAAGCCCUUAAUAGCAACCAGCAAUUACAACAGGCCUUGGAGGAGCGGGCAAAGCUGGAGAAACGUGUGGCUGAGCUUACUGAGCUGAUGAAAGGACUACAGAUGGACAGGGACCAUUAUUUAGAGACUCUGAAAGGAGAUAAUGCCAUGUGGCAGGAGAAGAUGCAGCAAAUGUCAGAGAAGAUGCGAAUAUUGAAGGAGGAGAAGGAGCAGAGUCUGACUCAGGUGCAGGAGCUAGAGAUCAGCUUGGCUGAACUGAGGAACCAGACAGCUGAAGCUCCAUCCCCAAUGCCCCCUGCUGGGCCCUCAGAGGUGGAACAGCGACUGCAAGCUGAAGCUGAGCAUUUGCAAAAGCAGCUGGAAAGCCUGGCAGGACAGCUGCGUGACCAGGUGCAAGACAACGAGGGUUUGAUUCGCCUGAACCUGGAGCAGGGGCAGCGGCUACGGGAGCUGGAGCAGGAAGCCGAAAUCUGGGGUGACCAGGCGGAAGAGCGCAAGAAGAUUCUGGAGACCAUGCAGAAUGACCGUGCCACCAUCAGCAUUGCCGUUUCCCAGAACCUUGAGCUCAAGAACCAGCUGGCGGAGCUACAGGAUGGCUUCAUCAAGCUGAGCAAUGACAAUAUGGAAAUUUCCAAUGCACUACAGUCCGAGCAGCAUGUGAAGAAGGAGCUGGCUAAGAAGCUGGGCCAACUACAGGAAGAGCUAGGAGAGAUGAAAGAGACGGUGGAACUGAAGAAUGAAGAGGCGAAGAGUCUGCAGCAGGAGAGAGAUCAGUAUCUGAUCUACCUGCAUCAGUACAUGGCCGCCUAUCAGCAGCAUGCGAACACCUAUCAGCAGCUGAUGUCAGAGAAGGAGUCACUGCACAGGGAGCUCCUACAGCAGACCCAGGCCAUGGAGCAGCUGCAACAAGAGAAAGCUCAGGGUGCAGUGGCAGCCGAGGUGGCCCUCCACGAAUUGCAGGAGACCCAGGAGCGCCUAGAAGCCGCCAGACAGCAGAACCAGCAGCUGCAGGCCCAGCUGAGCCUAAUGGCUGAUCCUGGGAAGGGAGAUAUGCUGGACAAGGGUGGACAGAAGGAGGGUCUGGUGAAAGAGGGAGCAGAGAAGGAGGCAGCAAUGAAGACAGAGACACCUGAGAAUGAAGGAGCAGAGGAGAAGGGAGUGGAGGAGGAAGAGGAAGCAACAGAUGAGGAGGCCUGUAGGCCCAUGCUGAGCAUCUCGGAGGACCUAGAUAGCAAAGAAGCCAUGCUGGUCCCAGCCCAGAAGAAGCUGGAAGACACAGCCUCAGCCUGUGAAAUUGGGGGUGACUUUGUGUCUGGGGAAAUCCAUCGGGCUCUACAGGUGGACAUGGAGAAACUUGAGAACCACUUUAUGAAGGUCAUGCAGGAGAAGGCGGACCUGAAGGAACAGGUGGAGGGACUGGAACAUCGCUGCAUCCAGCUGUCUGGAGAGACAGACACCAUCGGUGAGUACGUCACAUUGUACCAAUGUCAGAGGCUAGCGCUGAAGAAGCGGCAGCAGGAGAAUGAGGAGUAUGUGAGCCGGAUGGCGCAGGAAAAAGAGGAAAUGAAGGUGAAAUUACUGGAGCUGCAGGAGCUAGUGGUACAACUUGUGAGCCAGCGCAACGAGUGGCAUGGCAAAUUCCUGGCAGCUACCCAGAGCCCUGCUGAGGAGCCCACUUCAAAGCCCGCAGCCCCCCAGGAGCUUGGAGCUACCAACAAGCAGAGUGAUUUUUAUGAGGUGAACCUCAGUGACAACAUGGAGCCUGCACGAGGAGAGGCCAGGGAGGGGUCUCCACCUGAGGACCCCACUACUCAGCAGAUCAUGCAACUGUUGCGUGAAAUCCAGAACCCGCAGGAACGCCCAGGCUUGGGCAGCAACACCUGCCUCCCCUUAUUUUACCGUGCUGGUGAAAACAACACUUUGAAGAUCCUGGUUGUCUAAAAAUCUUAUAGCGUCAGCAAGGCGUGGAGGAGUGGCGCUGCCACCAUGCCAUCUCUGUCACUCCCAGUCACCCCUUUCUCCUUAGAUUAGCAAGAUAAGACCCCUGUCUGAUGUGGGAAGAUAAGCCGAUGCAGACCUUUUGUCAUGUAGACCAGGACUAAAUCUCAGUAUUUUUUUUAUUAUUUUCAGGCGACCUUGCAAUAUUAAAAAAAAUUUAGAGCCAGGCACGGUAGCUCAUGCCUGUAAUCCUAGCACUCUGGGAGGCCAAGGUGGUGGAUUGCCUGAGCUCACAAGUUUGAGACCAGCCUGAGCAAGAGCAAGACCCCCAUCUCUAAAACUAGCUGGGCAUUGUGGUGAGCGCCUAUAGUCGCAAUUAUUUGGGAGGUUGAGGUAAGAGGAUAACUUGUAGCCAAGAGUUUGAGGUUGUGGGUGGCGCCUGUGGCUCAAAGGAAUAGGGCCCAUAUGCCAGGUGUGGUGGGUUCAAACCCACCCCUGGCCAAAAACUGCAAAAAAAGAAAAUAAAAAUAAUAAGAGUUUGAGGUUGAUAUGAGCUAUGACACCACAGUACUCUACUGAGGGCGACAAAGUGAGACUGUUUGGAAAAAAAAAAAAAUUUUUUUUUUUUUCGACUAUUUUUCUUCUUAAGUGGGUAAGAGAAAUUAAGGGAUGUGGGGGGGAAAAAAGAGUAGAAAUAAAAAUUAUUUUCCUUAGUUGGAUUUAAAAAUAAGAAUAAUAAUAAUUAUUAUUUUAUUUAUUUAUUUAUUUUUGAGACAAAAAUCUCACUCUGUUGCCCACCGGGGAGAGUGCUGUGGCAUCAUCACAGCUCACAGCAACCUCAAUCUCUUGGGCUCAGGUGAUCUUAUUACCUGCCUCAGCCUCCUCAAUAGCUGGGAUUACUGGCACUUGCCACAAUGCUUGAUUAGGUUUUCUAUAAAAAUAAAUUGAGAUUAUUUUCCUUAGUUGGAUUAAAAAAUUAGAUUUUUCCUUAGAUUAAAAAAAUUUUUUUUUAGAAUUUUUUUUUCUCUUAGCCGGAUGAAAAAUACUUUUUGGAUUAUAUUCCUGCUUAACUAGAGUAAAAAAAGAUUUAGAUUAUUUUCCUUAGCAGGAUAAAAAAAAAAUUGUGUUACAUCCCUGCUUAGAUAGAUUAAAAACUUUUUUAGAUUAUUUAUGAUCAUAGCAGGAUAAAAAACAAAUUCAUUUCCCAUCAUAACUGGAUUUUAAAAAUGAGGAGUGGGAGAAAAAAAGAAAAACCCAAAAUUUGUUUCCUAUCUUAGCCGGAUUUAAAAAUAAAUUUUGAUUAUUUCCCUUCUUAACUGGAUAAAAUAUUUUAAAAAAAUAUUUUAAAGGGAGAGAAAAUAAUAUAAAAAAGUAUAUUUUCCUUCUUAGCUGGCUUUUUUAUUUUUUUUUUGAGGCAGAGUUAGAGUGCCUUGGUGUCAGCCUAGCCCACAGCAACCUCAAACUCCUGGGUCAAGUGGUCCUCCUACCUCAGCCUCCUGAGCUGGGACUACAGGUGCCUGCCACAACACCCAUUUCAUUUUUUCUAUUUUUAGUAGAGACAGGGUCUUGCUUUUGCUAAAGCUGGUCUCAAACUCCUGAGUUCAAGGGAUCCUCCUGCCUUAGCCUCUGAGAGUACUAGGAUUUCAGGCAUGAGCCACUUGUCCUGGCCUCUUAGUUGAUUUUAAAAAUAAAUUUACAUUAUUUCUUUUCUUAGUUGGAUUUUUAAAAUUGGAUUAUUUCCUUACAUUUAAAAAAAUUUAGAUUAUUUUCCUUCUUAGCUAGAUAGGAAAAAAUUUUUUUGAUUAUAUUCCUGUUUAACCAGAGUAAAAAAAAGUUUAUUUCUCUUAGGAUAAAAAAUAAAUUUGGAUUACAUCCCUGUUGAGGUAGAUUUAAAAAAUUUUUUUAGAUUAUUUAUCAUCAUAGCUAGAUUAAAAAUUUUUGGAGGCAGGAGGAAAAGAAAUAGAACAAAAAACAAAAAAUCUUAUCUCCCCCAGCUGGAUUAAAAACAAUUCAGGGGUUUAAAAAAAUAAUAAUAACUUAGGGGUGGUGAAGAAAAAAAUUUUUUUUUUUUUGUAAAGAAUCUCUCUUUAUCGCCCUUGGUAGAGUGCUGUGGCAUUGCACAGCUCACAACAACCUCCAAAUCCUGGGCUUAGGCGAUUCUCUUACCUCAGCCUCCUGAGUAGCUGGUACUACGGCGCUUGCCACAACGCCUGGCUAUUUUUUUUUUUUUUUUUUUUGCAGUUUGACGGGGCCAGAUUUGAACACACCACCCUCAGUAUAUGGGGCCAGCGCCCUACCCACAGAGCCACAGGUGCCGCCCAGAAAUAAACUUUUUUUUGUUUUUUGUAGAAACAGAGUCUCACUUUAUGGCCCUAGGUAGAGGGCCAUGGCCUCACACAGCUCACAGCAACCUCCAGCUCCUGGGCCUAAGUGCUUCUCUUGCCUCAGCCUCCCGAGUAGCUGGGACUACAGGCUACCGCCACAACGCCCGGCCAGAAAUAAACUUUUUUUUUUUUUUUUUAUUUAUUAAACUAUUUUUUUUUUUUUUUUUUUGUAGAGAUAGAGUCUCACUGUACCACCCUCGGGUAGAGUGCCGUGGCGUCACACGGCUCACAGCAACCUCUAACUCUUGGGCUUCCGCGAUUCUCUCGCCUCAGCCUCCCGAGUAGCUGGGACUACAGGCGCCCGCCACAACGCCCAGCUAUUUUUUUGUUGCAGUUUGGCUGGGGCUGGGUUUGAACCCGCCACCCUCGGCAUAUGGGGCCAGCGCCCUACUCACUGAGCCACAGGCGCCGCCCCAGAAAUAAACUUUUUAAGAAAGAAAAAAUAUUUCCUUUCUCAGCUGGAUUAUAAAAUGAGGAAAUUUGGGUGGGGAGGAAGAAAAAAUUUGAAAAACAAAACCAGGCUUGGUGCCUGUGGCUCAAGCUGCUAAGGCACCAGCCACAUACACCUGAGCUGGCAGGUUCCAAUCCAGCCUGGGCCCACCAAACAACAAUGAUGGCUGCAACCAAAAAGUAGCCGGGAGUUGUGGCGGGCGCCUGUAGUCCCAGCUACUUGGGAGGCAGAGGCAGGAGAAUCACUUGAGCCCAGGAAUUGGAGGUUGCUGUGAGCUGUGAUGCUAUGGCACUCUACCCAGCUCUACCCAGGGCAACAGCUUGAGGCUCUGUCUCAAAAAAAAAAAAAAAAAGAAAACCAAAACCAAAUUUUGGGUUAUUUCCAUUUUUAGCUGGAUUAAAAAAAUUAUUUUCCUUCUUAGCAGGAUAAAAAAAAUUGGAUUAUACACUUUCAUAGUUGAAUUUAAAAAAUUAAAUUAUUUCUUUUAGCUAGAUGAAAUAAAUUGGAUUUUUUCUCUUAUUAGCUGGAGAAAAAAUGUUUUUAGAUUAUUUCCUUUCUCUGAUGGACAAUAAAAAAAAUUUAGAUUAUUUCCCUUUUGGCUGAAUGAUCUAAAAUUUUUUUAUCUACCAAUGAGGGAAAGUAAUCCAAAUUUAUUUUAUCUACCUAUGAAGACAAAUAAUCUAAAACUUUUUUAACCAGUUAAGAAAGGAAUUAUAUAGGAUUAUGAGCCAAUCAUUUUUUAUCCUCUUAAAAAGAAAAAUAAAGUUUUUAAAAAUCUAGCUACGACUGGAAAUAAUCCAAUUUUUUUCCUUCUUAACUGUGUAAAAAAUUUAGGGGUGGGGGAGAAAAAAUAGGAAGAAACCAAAAAUGGUGGCUUGGCGCCUAUAGUUCAGCAGCUAGGUCACCGGCCACAUACACCAGGGCUUGUGGGUUCGAACCUGGCCUGGGCCUGCCAAACAACAAUGGCAACUACAAUAAAAAAAUAGCCAGGCAUUGUGGCGGGUGCCUAUAGUCCAGCCACUUGAGAGGCUCAGGCAAAGAAUCGCUUAAGCUCAAGAGUUUGAGGUUGCUGUGAACUGUGACACCAUAGUACUCUAUCGAGGGCAACAUACUGAGACUCUGUCUCAAAAAAAAAAAAAAAAAAAAAAGGAAGGUAAAAGAAGAAAAUAAUUAUGUCCUUUCUAGGUUGGAUUUAAAAAUAAAUUUAGAUUAUUUUUCUUAUUAGCUAAAAAAAAAAAAAAUUUUUUUUCUUUCUAUUCCUGCUAAACUGGAUUUAAAAAUUAGAUUAUUUCCCUUAGUAGGAUAAGGAAAAAAAUUACAUUCCUUAGCUACAUUAAAAAAAUGUUUAGAUUAUUUCCCAUCAUAGCUGGCUAAAAAAAAAAAUUAAGGGUGGGAGAGAAAAAUUUAUAUAACAAAAAUAGAAAAAAAUACUUAUUUCCCUUUUAAAAAAUUGGAGGGUAAAAAUAUUUUGUUAUAGAAAAAUGAGGUAGCCUCAUAAUUUAUUUUUUCUAAGAAGGCUAUUUCUGGGAACAAGCAAGGGCUCCCAGAUAGCCUCCUUGUCUCCUUUUCCUCCCUUAGCAAUCUUUCCCUCAGGGGCAUCUAUCCUUUCUCAGAGGGACUUGGAGCAGGACAGCAGGGCACAGCCCUGUCCAGCUUUGCUCCACUGGGGCUGACAUAGCCUGGCCAGGACACAGGCCUGUAUAUAUUGUAUCUAUGUAAUAUUUUGUAUAUCGGGGGUAGGGCCACCCCUGUAUCAUACCGGAGCUUAGCGCUGGCAAAUGGGCAGGAGAGCUAAAGCUAAGAUGACUUUUUAAAAAAAAAAAAUUAUUUUUGGAUUAUUUCCAGGUGACCUUAGCUGGACUAAAAAAAAAAAUUGGGUUAUUUCUGUUCUUAGAUGGAUUGAAAAAAAAACUUUUUAAAUUAUUUUGCUGUAGAGAAAUCAAAGCCAGAGGCUUAUAAAUUUAUUUUCUUUUUUUUAAGGAAGCUGCCUCUGGGGACAAGAAAGGGCUCCUUGGUGCCUCCUACCCCAAAGCAGUCCUUCCCUCAGGGGCAUCUGUCUUCUCUAAGAGGGAUUUGGGGCAGGACAGUGGGGCAGCGCCCUGUCCAGCUUUGCUGGGCUGGGCCUAACUCAGCCUGGCCAGGACAUAGGCCUGUAUAUAUUGUAUCUGUGUAAUAUUUUGUAUAUCUGGGGGCCGCUCCCUGUGUCAUACUGGAGGUUGGAGCUGGCAGAUGGGGAAGGGGUCUGGAACUAUGAUGACCUUUAAAAAAAUGGGGAGGAGUUUCUAAUAAUUAUUUGGGGCUGGGAAACUUAUUUAUUGAUAUCAUAGUAGAGAGGAAGGCUACGGGGAGGUGGUUGUGGCAGCCUGGUGAUGCGGCUCCUGUUUAUCUCACUUCUUAUUUCGGAAUAAAUGGAUUUAGCCAUA